AGCGCCUGCAAGCUCAAUGCUCUGCAAAGUAGACCCAGCAGGAGGAGAAAGAGGAACCCAUGCUGACAAACAUUCAGUCCAAAACGCCUUUUCACUUUUGUGGACGUUAAACUCAGCAGCUCUGACAGGAUGGAUUUCUUAGACCGCGGUUACCUGGAAGCGCGGUCUCCUUAUGAUUACACCUUUAAUUUUUGGAAUGACUACCUCGGGCUGUCGACACUUGUCGCCAAAAAUAAGAUCAACAGUCCGUCCUGCAGCCCCAACUCUAUAACCGAGUCUCUCAAAGCGACUUUGGGGCUGGAGGAUGAUUCCCCGGUUUGCUCCUGCGUAAUUGGGCACGCCAGGGACAACGACGGACCCUUGGACUGCUACUGCGCGGCCCCGGGCUCCCCGCCAAUCUCCAUCUAUGAUCUCAAGGAGCGCAUCUCGCUUCUCAGGCCAUACGAACACCUCGCUGGUGAUUCGCAGGUGGGGAACAGAGAUUCACCCUCGUACAAGGGAAGCUUCGCUGGCUUCGACCUGCUCACCAUGGAGCGAAGACGCAAACAGACUCAGAGGGGCAAACCGGAGCCAAAAGUGUGCGUCUUUUGUCGGAAUAACGGCGCACCCGAGGAGGUUUACGGCACCCAUAUCCUGAAGACAGCGGACGGCAGAGUCCUUUGCCCCAUCCUCCGGGCAUACACUUGCCCCCUCUGCAGUGCCAACGGUGACAAUGCGCACACCAUCAAGUACUGCCCGCUUUCUAAAGACCAGUCGAGCCAGAGAGUGGCAAAGGGAGGCAGAGCGAUUGGCAAACGGCUGAAAAUCUUCUAAGCGAGCAGAUGAAGUUUGAGUUGCACUGUCUGAAAUUACUAAUAUGUAUGGCAGUAAUUUUGCUCUGUUUCACGCACAAGACAAGUCUGGAAAAAACCGAUUUGAAGAAAACAAGAUUUCUUUUGUAUGUCACUGCUUCAUUCCUAACGAUUCUGUCUCUGCUGUAACUGUGGGCACAUAGUUUACACUUGGACGCACUGCGCGUAAUAUCACCCCCAGCACUCUUAAUGACUUGGUGAUUAAAAAAAAUAAAAAAAAUAAAAAUAAAGAACCAAAGUACUGUACAGAUCGACCCGUGAAUGACCGCCUUCAUGAUAUAAUCAGAAGUUGCUGUGUUUCAAGUAAUGCAGUGCCAGUGCAAACAGCCCAGAGUGUGCCAGCAUGGCUGCUCUGGGUUCAUGACUUGCCAACAUAAAUGAAUAUGCAGCACUCCUGAUCUGAGGUGAAUGUUUAGUCCCACAGUCCAUUGGCCCAUGGAUGUAAGAGGUGUGCCAGGCCGUGCAAGAUGCAAGUUCUGCUUCUUUAUAUCCUGCACAUUUUGUCCUGAGAGAUAAAUGUUUUCUACCAAAGGAAUACACUUUUGUAUUGCAACUUAGCCUAAAGGUAAAUUUCUGUAUUGUUUAUACGUCGCUGAUGUCUGAUAUUCUUUAUGUAAUUUUGUGUAGAUACGCAUCUUACAGAUUUCAACUGAAUGUAAAAACACUGGAGGGGAGAUCUGACUCGCCUUUCAGCUACGAACACCGCAGGUCGCUCCAAGCUCCUUCAUUUCUGUCUCAUAGUUAAAAAAAAAAACACACGCUGACUUGUUUUUCGCGUGGAAAUCUGCACCCACGAUUCUUGUAAAUGUAUAAACGAUUUUAGCAAUGAAAAGCCUGACAUUCCAAAGUCUCUAUCUGUCAACUAAAAUGUUUUAUGUACUUAUUUUUACCUUAUGUACCACUGGGAAAUAUAUUGGCUGUAAAUGACCUCUGAAUAAACAUGUAAUUUGCAGUUUUCUUUGACUAUAUGAGACUUGAGCUUACCUGAUCCGUGAGUCAGUCACUUGAUUAUGGUGGCUGCAGGUAGAGCCUGCAGCAGAUGAUGACAACAUCAUCUUAAGUUGUCAAAGAUAU